AUGUCUGCCCGCAGCGUUGAGUCGUCGUACCCAAUGCCUCACCACCAGAGGCGAAGUUCGUCCUGGAACUCUGCUUCGCAGUACGCGGAAAUGAUAGGCCCGUACAACACUCAGCAGCGUGUGCAGUACCCGUCACAGGCGCCCUUCCCUCCCUCCAGAGAGAGUCCCAGUCUGCCGCCGAUCCGGGAUAUUGGGGGCUAUGAUUCGCAAUACCCUCCCCCGACCAGCACGUAUCCCCCAUCAUAUGCAGCUCCAUCCGCAGUCGCAACUCAUGGUAGUCAGGAGACCUACUCUUACACGGCAGACAGACCAGCCUAUUAUGAUCCGGUCAGUCGCUACGGACAAGGUUAUCCGCCUGCAAACCGGCCAAGUGUUGGGCAGGUGGAUUAUGCCAGAUAUGCGCCUUCGCCUUACGAGUAUCGGGCUGGAGUAGCGUAUCAGUCGCCUUAUGGGCCGGCCGACUAUGCCUCGUCCCCCAGCGGUGCGAAUCAUCCGUCCUCACCGACCGUCGGGAUGGACACAGAUACGCGAAACAGGAGGCGUAGAGGUAAUCUCCCUAGGCAGAUCACCGACAUCCUGCGUGCCUGGUUUCAUGAGCACCUCGACCAUCCGUAUCCUACCGAGGAGGAUAAACAGGCUUUUAUGGCUAGAACGGGGCUCACGAUCGCCCAGAUUAGCAACUGGUUCAUAAAUGCGAGAAGACGUCAGCUACCUGCAUUGCGACAUGCUCGUGACAGAGGUUCUCUCAACUCGGCAUUAGAGUACGACUCAGAACAAGUACGGCGGCAACAACAGCCAGAUUCUGCCUUGCGAUGA